CUUUGCUCUGAAAUUUUGACACUUCUGCCCAAGGCUUCUGCCUCUGUACAUAAUUUUUCUCGUUUCCUCACCUUUUCACGCCGCUAUUUUAGCGUUCGAAUAGGUUUAUCUUGUUUGCUUCUGCAGAUAAAGAUUAUUCUGAUCUUUAGACGAGUUACACUCCGCUGGCCACAAUGGAUGUAGGCUAUUCGCUCUAUCAGAACAGCGGCGGCAGAGGCGAGCGCGAUUUCAACGAGUUGGCUCAUUCAAUAGGUAGCAGCAUCCAAAAAAUCUCCAAAAAUGUCACUUCAAUGCAACGAAUGGUCAGUCAGCUGGGAACCCCGCAAGAGAGCUCGGAUCUUAAAUCUCAAUUGCGCCAGCUUCAGCAUUACACUCAGCAAUUGGUGAAAGAUACAAACGACAACAUAAAGGAGCUCUCGAAAAUCAACACAUCGAUUCCGUCUGAAAAGCAGCAAUGGAAAAUGCAGAAGGAGCGACUCACCGAAGAAUUCACAUCUGCCCUCACGUCUUUCCAAGAAGUCCAGAGACUAGAAGCUCAGAAGGAGAAGGAUGAUAUUAAAAGAGCAAAGCAAGCAUCAGGCAGAGUUGCCUUGUCGAUGGAUGGUUUUGGUGGUGCCAGCACUAGACAAUCUGAGCAACUAAUCGAACUAAAGGACCAGCAAGAAAUGAGACAAGCCCAGAUACAAGAGGAACACGAGCUAAGGGAACUCGAGGAGCGGGAACAAGCAAUCAGGCAAUUAGAAAGUGACAUCGGAGAUGUUAACCAAAUCUUCAAGGAUUUGGGUCAGAUGGUUUAUGAGCAAGGAGAGGUGAUUGACAGUAUAGAAGCUCAUGUCGAGAAAACUGAGAUUUUUGUCUCUGAAGGAACAAGUCAGCUACGUCAAGCCAGCACCUAUCAGUCAAAGGCGCGGAUGAAGAAGUUCAUUUUCUUCUCCUGUUUGGCGUUUGUUGUGGCUGUGAUCCUUGCAUAUAUUAUUUACGAAUUAUCAAAUUAAUCGGGAAAUAUAUUAUACAGAUAUGAUCAACUUAGGAUCUUCUUAAUAUAGAUUUAUUUAUUCUAAAUACUCAUUGUCAUUCCAAUUAUGAUCUAUCACCAGUAAAGUUCCUUUUCUGUUUUUGCCAUAAUUUGUAACAUCUCUUGCACCCUUCCAAACCUACUAUUGUCAUUAUUAAUUAUUCUAAUAUAAAGGUUUUCUUUCAACACUUUAAAUUAGAUUAUCUUGCUAUCUGCUCUCAGAGAAUAAAAAUAA